GGAGAAUUAGUGGGGUCCGGUCCAGAUAAUAAAUUCGUUAAUUACGAGUCGAGCAACGGGCCGAAUUCCAGGCUGGUGUGCGGGUCCAACCACGAGGGCGCGGCCGGCAUCCUCGUGGGUGGACCCUGCUGGUUGUUGUCUCAAUUCGGCCGCGUAGACCAAGCGUUACGUUUAGUUCCGUUGCGCUGAUUUAUGUUACGACACUUCAUGAAUCCCCUUCUCGCACUGGCAGGCGCUUUCUCUUUCUCUAUAAAAAUCGCGAUCAGCUGCUCUGCCCUCGUCCUCAAAACGCUCGCAUCCCAAGCCGCAUCGUUGCAGUAGAAGAGAAGGAGAUUGCCUUCUGAGAGGUUUCUUGCUCGCUCCCCGCCCGACGCUUGUAAGAUACUGCGGAUAUCGCCAGGCCUCGGGGCGUUCGUCUAGCUAGGAGUUGGCGUUCCGUGGACCGUCUUUGAUUCGAUCAAGAGUGAGAGUGAUGGCUCGGGCCCUUUCUUUUGGUUUGAUGGCGGUCAUAGCGGCAGUCGCUUUCGACCUGGCGCUAACGCCGGUCGUCCGGGCGGUUUCUCCCGCGCCGGCGCCGGCACCGACCAGUGACGGAGUAUCAGUCGACCAAGGGAUUGCUUACCUUCUUAUGCUGGUGGCGCUGGUGCUCACCUAUCUCAUCCACCCCUUGGACGCCUCCUCCCCGUACAAGCUCUUCUGAGGACGAUCAACUCAUGGCUUUCAGUAGUAGCGGUCCACCGACAGAGAGAAUGCUUUCGUUUUUCGUUUUUAUUUUUGUGCCGUGUGGGUGUAGUGAGGUCUCAUUUGGAUUAUUCUUUUGCUGCUCUUAAUUCCUUUGUGUUGUAGGAUUUUAUUCCAUUCAUGUGUUUAUUAGUUACCCAUCCACUCCUGCUUUUAUCUCUCAGUUCUUCGUGAUGUUAUAUGUCUCAUGUGCCGACCUAUCAGUGUUUUGGUAGGGGAUCACAUUAUAUCUAAUGUAAAUUCAUUAACUCGAUUCAAAAUAUGAAUUUUAUUUAAAA